AUGCAUCUCUUCCUUUCUGUGCUGUUAGUCAUUAAUGGGCUGCAUGUAAGUGUUCAGACCGCAGGAAGACGUUCUGCGCAAAGCGUCAACAGAUAUUACAGAUCGCGGCUGACUGUGUCCAAUGGGAUGAACUGGGGGUCGUGGGGGCUUAAGGACAUGUGUCCGAGUGGAACGUAUGCCGCAGGGUUCAGUCUGAAGGUUGGUGAACCUUCCUAUGGUUUUUGGGAUGAUAACAAAGGACUCACUGGGAUUCGUCUUCACUGUAUCCGCCCAUCGAGAGCCUCAUUGGGCUUAUAUGAGGACUACGCCUCAGUUCAGUCAGAAGUAGGAGGCUGGGGUCAGUGGACAGAAAUCAAAUGGUGUCCUUGUUGUUUCUUGACUGCUUUUCAGCUGAGAGUUGAAUCUUUCCAAGGAAUUGGAGACGACACGGCCGCAAACAACAUCAGAUUCAAAUGCAGUGGAGGGUCUUUGCUACACGGUGAUGGCACAAGCUGGGGCGAGUGGGGCGAAUGGGGCCCAACUUGUCAAGGAAGAGCGAUUUGUGGUAUCAAGACGCGGAUAGAAGAGCCGGGAAGUGGAGACAACACCGCUCUCAAUGACGCGCACAUGUACUGCUGUGAUUAAGAUGUGAAAGGACGACCUCAAGAACAGAGAGAAGAUCAAAUGGAUCAUAAUAAUUGAUUAUGAGUCUGAUGAACUAACAUGUCACCGUGUCAUGUAAUAGUUUAAUGUGCAGUCAGCAGGUCAUGACGGCUUACUAGACAUCCUCCCACUUAUUACACAGCUACUUACUAAUAAAUUAAUAAAUAGAUAU